GUGGAAGCAUUACAUUUUCCUGCAUAUCAUGAACGCAACAUCAUUUCACUACAUCGCAUCGGUGUACGCCUCCUGUUCCCACGCUGAGUAAAUUAGUGGAUGGAGGUCUGUGUGGGUAUAAUCUCGACCAAAGGAGUGUAAAUUGCCAUCAUGGUCAACCAGGUUCAGCAGGGAGAUGGUAGUUGGCAGCAAAGCAAGACAGACCCCAGCGGGAGCAGCAGCAGCGGUGCGAGCUCAAAGGACAGCUCCCGCUGUUCCACACCUGUGCUGGAUGCAGACCGUUCAGACAGGCUUCGGGAAAAGAUGCGAAGGAGGAUGGAGGCGGGAGACCGCUGGUUCUCGCUGGAGUUCUUUCCUCCCCGUACGGCCAGUGGAGCUGUCAACCUCAUCUCAAGAUUUGACCGAAUGGGUGCCGGUGGUCCUCUGUUCAUCGACGUCACCUGGCACCCAGCGGGGGAUCCAGGCUCGGACAAGGAAACCUCCUCCAUGAUGAUUGCGAGCACUGCAGUCAACUACUGUGGCCUAGAAAGCAUCCUCCACCUGACCUGCUGCAACCAGAGCAAAGAGAAUAUUACUGGAUACCUGGCUAAAGCAAAGCACUUGGGCCUCAAAAACAUUAUGGCACUUAGAGGAGACCCCAUGGGAGCAGACUGGGAGGAAGAGGAGGAAGGCUUCAACUAUGCUGUCGACCUUGUUAAACAUAUCCGGUCAGAGUUUGACGACUACUUUGACAUUUGUGUUGCUGGCUACCCAACAGGUCAUCCCGAGGCAGAGAGCUAUGAGAAGGAUCUCAAACACCUGAAGGAGAAGGUGGAUGCUGGAGCCGACUUUGUGAUCACCCAGCUCUUUUUCAGACCAGACACAUUUCUCAAGUUUCUGGAUGACUGCAGAGCUAUUGGAAUCACGUGUCCCAUCCUACCAGGAAUCUUCCCCAUUCAGGGUUACCAGUCGCUCCGCCAGCUUGUAAAGCUGUCAAAACUCGAGGUGCCUGAGGAGAUCACUAAAGUCAUCGAGCCCAUCAAAGACAACGAUGCAGCUAUCCGUAACUACGGAGUCCAUCAGGCUGUGGAGAUGUGCCGUGUGCUGCUGGACAGUGGCAAGGUCCCAGGCCUCCACUUCUACACACUGAAUCGAGAGGUCGCCACCAUGGAGGUCCUUCGACAGCUGGGCUUGUGGAUAGAAGACCCCAGGCGUCCUCUUCCUUGGGCUGUGAGUGCGAAUCCCAAACGGAGAGUAGAAGAUGUUCGACCCAUUUUCUGGGCCUCAAGGCCCAAGAGUUAUAUCUACAGAACUCAGGACUGGGAUGAGUUCCCCAACGGCAGAUGGGGAAACUCCUCAUCUCCAGCUUUUGGGGAGUUAAACGACUACUACCUCUUCUACCUGAAGAGCAAGUCAUCUAAAGAUGCGCUGCUGCAGAUGUGGGGUGAGGAGCUGAUGAAUGAAGAGAGUGUCUUUGAAGUCUUCACCCGCUACCUCACAGGACAACCAAACAGUAGUGGACAUAAGGUGAUGUGUUUGCCCUGGAACGAUGAGCAUCUGGCUCCAGAGACCAACCUGCUGCAGGACCAGCUGGUGAAGGUCAACAGACGAGGAGUCCUCACGAUCAACUCCCAACCCAACAUCAACGGCAAAUCCUCCACAGACCCUGUAGUCGGCUGGGGACCUCCAGGAGGCUACGUGUUCCAGAAGUCUUACCUGGAGUUCUUCACCUCCAGUGAAAACGUCACCGCUCUCAUCAAAGUACUGAAGAAGUACGAGCCCCGUGUCAACUACCACAUUGUUAAUGUGCAUGGACGUAACCUGACCAAUGCCCCCGAAAUGCAACCUAACGCUGUGACUUGGGGGAUCUUCCCUGGCAGAGAGAUCGUUCAACCCACUGUAGUGGAUCCAGUCAGCUUUAUGUAUUGGAAGGACGAAGCCUUCGCCUUGUGGAUCGAGCAGUGGGCGAAACUCUACGAAGACGAGUCUCCGUCACGGAUGAUUAUCAAGUACAUUCACGACAACUACUUCUUGGUCAAUCUGGUGGACAAUGAUUUCCCUCUGGACAGCUGUCUGUGGCAGGUCAUCGACGAUAUGUUCGAAGCGCUGGACGCACCUCCUGAGACGACAGAACAGUCAGAAUAAAAAGAAAGAAACAAUCAUUUUUAACCGCUUUUUAGGAAAAGUAACACUAUGCAUUAUCUAUGAAAGCUGCAGUUUACAAUAUAGAGUUAAAAUGUGUACUUUGCAGUGUUUUUUAGACUUACUACCUUUAAAAAAUGUUAUGUUGUCCUUCAGUUUGCAGUACUAUCCAGAAAUGAAAUGACUUCCGUUAAAUUAAUAUAAAUUCAAUUAUAUUAAUAAUAAUAAUCUUUUGGAGCAACUUCAAUUAGGGGGAGAUUUUUUUUCCCCUGCUUUCUUUAAUAUUGUGAGAUUGAAUGAGGUUUUUUUUAUAGCGUGUGUUUGUGUUUUUUCAUUGUUUCUUGAGAAAUAAUGCAGAGAUCUUAAUGUGUGUGUGUGUGUGUCAACAUCAUCAAAUAGGCAAAAUCUUGUGCUGAUCCAGAUAACGAACCAGAUUUUAGUCUAAACGAAAGGUGCACAUAAUUGCAUAUUGUGCUUGGAAGGUGUUUGACUGUGGAUAUGUCACUAAAACACAGUAAAUAUGCUAUUUUCAUAUAUGUAUCUCUGAUUUUUAUAUACAUAUGAAGACGCUACGUAAAGACAGUGUAGUGAAAAGUUGACACGGGUCAAAACACUUUUUGGGUGAACUGUAUUUUCAUGGCUGCUAACGUUUUUACAGAAACAGCAUUUUUGUGGACUGUUGAAGUUUACUGACGAAGUGUGUGUAUGUGUCAGCUUGUGUGUGUGUGUUUGUACUUUCUGCUCUCGUAGCUCCCACAUCUUUGACUCCACGCUCAAAUAUUGCUUUGUAGAUGCCCUUUCACACAGUAUUUGUUUUAUGUUUGUGUUUUCUGUGAUAAAGACUCGUGAGUCAACAACACUCAGGUAAAUCAGAUACGCAGGUUAAACCCACUUUUGUUUUACUGUUCCAGAGAACACGAUCCUUGGAUAUAAGGCAUUCACAUGUUACACUCCCAAGAAUCCACUAAAUAUAAAUAUAUCUAUACGUGUCCAAAC